GAGAACGCGCUUCAUUGAUUCGGACGAUCGGGAGAGAAAGCGAGAGCCGCAUGCUUCGGAUUUUCGUACCGCAAAAACCACGCCUUCUCUCUUUUCAUUUCUUACCUCAAAAUCUUUUUUUUAUUUUUUUGAUUUUGUUUCUCUUUCGAUUCGAUUUUUCUCUCGCACCAUCCACACAAGGCCUUGCCGUCUUAGGUUUUCGGGAUGGUGUCGGGGGAUAACUUGAACUCGGUUUCCAUGGAAGACGAUUUUGAAGGCGGUGAUUACAGCGAUGGUUACGACGACGACUACGAUGAUUACGGCGGCUAUGGCGAUGACGACGAGGGUCAAGGUUUGCUUGAAGAUGAAGACGCCGUUUCUUCUCGGCGUCCCAAGCAAGGUUACACUGUUUUGAAAGAAGCAUAUAUAAAACAACGACAAGAAGAUGAUAUUUCUAACGUUUCAACCGUUCUUUCAAUACCGAAAGUUCAGGCAACUGUUUUGCUCCGUCGCUAUAAUUGGAAUGUUAAUCAAGUGAAUGAAGAAUGGUUUGCCGAUGAAGAAAGAGUGCGGAAAUCUGUUGGAUUGUUGGAGAGACCAGUCGUAGAUGUAUCAGAUGCUAGCAAAUUUACUUGUGGGAUUUGUUUUGAAUCGCUUCCGUGUGACAAUUUUGCUUCAGCUUCUUGUGGUCAUCCUUUUUGCAGGGAUUGCUGGCAAGGCUACCUUUGCACAAGAAUUAAUGAUGGUCCUGGAUGUUUAUUGCUGAUAUGUCCCGAGCCAUCGUGUAAAGCUUCUAUUGGCCCAGAUAUGAUUGAUAAAUUGGCAACUUGUGAAGAAAAGGAGAAGUAUUCUCUGUUUCUACUUAGAUCUUAUAUUGAAGAUAACAGAGAGACCAAGUGGUGCCCUGCUCCAGGGUGUGAAAAUGCUGUGUAUUUUGCCGUCGGCUGUGGUGAUUUUGAUGUCACCUGUUUGUGCUCAUAUAGAUUUUGUUGGAAUUGUACUGUAGAAGCUCAUCGUCCUGUUGAUUGUGAUACUGUGACAAAAUGGAUGCUGAAGAACAGUGUGGAUGGGGAAAACAUGAACUGGAUACUAAAUAAUUCCAAGAUUUGCCCCAAGUGCAAGCGGCCAAUUGAAAAGAACCUAGGGUGUAUGCACAUGACAUGCACGCCGCCUUGUAGUUAUGAGUUCUGCUGGUUAUGCCUUGGUCCAUGGUCACAACAUGGUUCGAACACUGGUGGUUUCAAUUCUUGUAACGGAUAUGAAGCUGCUAAGAAGAAGGGAUCUGUGGAUACAAAAUUUAGGCGAGAUAUGGCAAAGAACUCCUUGGAGAGAUACACUCAUUAUUACGAACGAUGGGCAAGCAAUCAAUCUUCAAGAGAAAGGGCUCUUGAAGAUUUACAUAGGAUGGAAAGUGAGCUCAUGGAGAAGCUUUGUAAUGUGCAAUGCACAACUAAAGGUCAGCUUAAGUUCAUAACAGAUGCAUGGCUCCAGAUAGUUGAAUGUAGGCGAGUUCUCAAAUGGACUUACGCAUACGGGUAUUAUCUUCCCCAGCAUGAGCAUACUAAGAUACAGUUUUUCGAAUACUUGCAAGGGGAGGCCGAGGCCGGUUUAGAGAGGCUUCAUCGGUGUGCCGAGAUAGAGUUACAUAAGUUUGUUACCGCUGAUGACCCAUCAAGCGACUUCAAUGACUUCCGUACGAAGUUAACCGGACUAACCAGUGUGACAAAAACGUACUUUGAGAACUUGGUUAGAGCACUAGAGAAUGGUCUGGAGGAUGUGGAUUCGCAGGGCACAACCGGUGGCGGCAAGUCCGGGAACCCGAGAGCAGCAAGGGGAGAGGUGCCGUGGAGCCCUAGAGCCAGUGGUUCGGACAAAAAUGUAGAUGACACAAGUAAGUAGUCCUUGUAACUCUGCUGUGCCUUCUGGUUUCUGGGUUCAUAAAAUUAUAGCCUUCGACCUUUUUUCCCGGAUAACCUACAUUGUAUCGGUAGGGCAUCCUUUUAAUCUAUACUUACAUUUAUACGUAUAUGUACUUGUACAAGUUGCCCUUUUGCAAAUUAUGUAAAUUAUUACAUGUUUAAUGGCCUUGGCCCUUGAAUGCGAAUGUGCCGAAUACGACCAAAUGAAUCGAUAUGCA